GGUGGAUGAAUAAUACGGCCAAUAAAGCGUCUAUGGUGAAUUAAAUAUUUUACACAACAAAGUGUCGUUGGUAAAAUAAUGUUUUGUGUCAAUCAGUGCUAAAUGAGAUAUUAUAUCGUUAACAAUUACACCAUAUCACUGCGACUUCAAAGAACUACAGCACAGUCAAGUUUGCUUGAGACCACAUUCUGUCAACCGACCAAUCAUCUUCAACUUCUUAGUCACGUUCAUUUUUUGACCAAUCGUCGCCAAGCCUCGUAGUUUUAAGUGUGUGUAGGUUGUGCCACUACCAGCCUCAGCUGUCGCGAAGUCUGGUAAGACGUGGAAGUGACGGUCGAUGUCAUGAAUGAUUUUACAAGCUGAAUGAACUGUUAUUGGCCUGGAAACAACGACUUCUUUGUGUGACCAUGAUAUAUUAAUAGGGAAUGAAAAAGCCCAAGAGAAAGAAACGUAAUAGCGUAGGAGUUGAGGUGCUACCUGUCGAGAGAGAUGUAAACUGUGGGAAAAAACAGAAGUUGGCUGAGAUACAUCAGGCUUUGAACAGUGAUCCGGUGGAUAUUGAGACCCUCCAGAGGGCUGCCACCAGCAAAGGGGGACUGUUUACAGAUGAACUGCGGAGAAGAGUGUGGCCUAAACUACUUAACAUCAAUGUAUAUGAACUGCCUUAUAAACCUGGGAGAGCUGGGCGGGAGAACCAAAAGGACUACAACCAGAUUGUCAUGGAUGUCAGGAGAUCCAUGAAGCGCUUCCCGAAAUGUAUGCUGUCUACAGAAAGAGAUGUUCUACAAGAACAGCUCAUUGACGUCAUACUAGAGGUUUUAAGAUGCAACCCCCAGCUGAACUACUACCAGGGCUACCACGACGUGGCGGUCACGCUGUUACUGGUUGUUGGUGAGCGGAUGACCAUCGCAAUGCUGCACACCUUAUCCAAAUAUCACCUCAGGGAUUUCAUGGACCCCACAAUGGACAGCACCAAACAUAUUUUAAACUAUUUGAUGCCUUUAUUGGAAGAAGUGGACAAGGAGCUUCAUGACUUCAUGAUCAGAGCGGAGGUGGGGACCAUCUUUGCUUUGUCCUGGCUCAUCACGUGGUAUGGACAUGUCCUGUUGGAGCCCAAACUCACACUGAGACUCUACGACUUCUUCUUGGCCUCUCACCCCAUGAUGCCCAUCUACCUAGCUGCUACAAUCGUGUUGCACAGGGAGAAGGAGGUGAAGCAGACGGAAUGUGACAUGGCCAUGGUGCACCACCUCCUCUCGCGCAUCCCCCAGGACCUCCCUUAUGAGCGCCUCAUCGGCCAGUCGCAGGAGCUGUUUGUCCGCUUCCCUCCCUCCUUGCUGGCCAAGCGGGCGGAGCUGCGGUCUCGUAAAAGCCAGUCAAUGAGUAACUUCAAGACGUUUCAGCUUGCGACGCUCCACCAGAGACCAGACUCAGUACUCCAGCGCCUUACUACAUCCUCCAAACGAGCAGCUCGUCACUCAGGCUUGGAUGAGGCUUUGCCCCGGGACGGAGGCCAGCGUUGGGGGAAGGGGAGCAGGAUGGUGAAGAUGGCCGUGUUGGGGCUGUCGGCGACGCUGGGAGCGGCAGUGUUCGCGGUGGCUCAGACAGCCUUGGACUGGGGACCCGAUGUGUUGCUGCAGCUCUUCUGAGGCGACGCCGUAUUCGUUUAAAGGGUCUUAAGAGGCUUUUUCUUGUGUGAGGACUAGAAGCAUAUAUAUAUAUAUAUGCGUAUAUCUUAAGGGGAAAUUAGUUUUAUGGAAACAAAGGGGAUUUUAUUUUAAAGGGGAACUGCACUUUUUUUGGAAUUUUGCAUGUUGUCCCCAAUCAAUAUGAAAGACAAGACGAUAUAUAUAUAUAUAUAUAUAUAUAUAUAUAUUUUUUUUUAAUGCAUUCCAACUUCUAAUUAAGCAUACAUAAAAUUUCUGCUUAAAAUGGAGCCAAUAAGAGGUCCAAGUAAAUAACCAUUCAAAAAGCGCCAACAAUACUCCAUUUACAUUUUGCGACUUAAAUAUUAACCAAGUGUUAGUGAUACUGUUAUUACAAGCGCUAAUGCUGACAAAUAUAGCAGCGCUGUGAUCACUAGCUAGUUUGGCUAUAUUGACAUCAUUGGCUGGUGAGCUGCUCUCGCGUCAGAGCUCGUGGAAAUAUAUUGUAGAAUAUCAAAUCAAAUCAACUUUAUUUAUAAAGCACAUUUAAAAUUUACCACAGGGGUAGCCAAAGUGCUGAAUAAGACGUAAGCCGACAAAUUGGUGCACUUUGACAGCCAAUUUAGACCUGGAAAUUGUGAGAAAGACACGGAAAUUUGCUUGGUUCCAACACCCUUCGCAGGAUAAUGAGUCAUUCUUCAUCUAAACGGGAAUUUAACAAGAUUCUAUAAAUCGGCAUCCUUAUGACAGCAGACAUUGUAUUGUAAGUGAUGUUUUAUUAUGUUUAUCUCUCAUGAAGUCUGCAGUAAGUAAUAAUCAGUGAUGUUGUGGAAGAAAAAAGCGAACAUUGCGAUGCAUUUUUUAAAUUAUUGAGCCACGUAUGCUCAAAAUGAGCAAAAUACGUAAAUAUUACGUUAUUAUAAGUGUGCCUUUUACUACAUUACAUCAAUACUUAACAGCAUGUAUGUAAAACUUUAAUGGAGGUGUUUUUCUAAGGGUUCUAUAGGCAGAAUAGAGUGACUCUCAUAAGCUCUAUUGUAAGCAGACUUUUGAUCGCAUUUAUUUACUAUUAGGAUGCAUAAGUGCAGUUUCCCUCGAAGAAGUAGCUUAGUGGGACAUGGUUUGAAAUGCUUUACAUUCAGGUUACAGUGCCACACUGUCGUCGGCAUUACUCAGCUUUAGUCUAUUAUUACUGUGUGUGUGAGUGUGUGUGUGCACGCGUCUUUUAGAAAUGAAUUAUAUAUUUUAGUUUAGUUUUUGUAAUGCACUCUGCAGCUGUAUCUAGAAGCCAAAAAGUGCCUCUGGCCAAAGCAAUAUGAGAAAUGAUUUAAGAGCUCAAAGCUUCUUGUUGUGAGGAGAGGUGCAGAGAUGACAAAAAUCCAGGCGCUAUUUAUUGCUACAGGUGUCUGUGAGAUACUGUAUGUACACAAAUCAACCAUGCUGCAAUUUUGCACAUGUGCGAUAGAGGCAUUGAAGUAUGUAUAUAUUUUUGCUGAUCAAUCGAGGAAAUACCCCCAAGCAGCCUUAUGCAGGCAUGCACCUGAAAGGCUGCUUUUACUUGAGUGUCAUAUGUCACAAGCAUUUGUGUCGCACGCUGUUUUUACCAAAUGUAAUGGGAAAAAAUUAUAAUUUGUGUUAAUUUGUGGAAAAAUAACUACACGCUCACUAUCUGUCCAAGGUACUUUGUUAGAAUAUAAUUGUGGCGUUUCAGAACUUAAAAUGAAUCAAUAAUACAAACAAGGCAAAGCGCUGUCUGCCGCGUUUGCCGACUUUGCGAUGAAAUAUUUAUCGGCUUGUUAUGAGCACGCGACCCAACUGCAUCUGUUAGCACAACUUUGCUAGAGUUGCGGCUCAGCGCGGUCCUCCCUCGUAUCACCCCUCUCGUCAGGCUAAUGGCCAGCAUGUGUCAUUGAUUUAAAGUUGCUGUGCAACGUGUGAAUCCUCACAAGUGUUUUAAGUGCAGCUCAUCAAAACAAACACAACAAAAUAAAAACACCAGAGGGUUAAAAGGUUAGUUCAACCUAGACGUGUACGUCUCCAGGGCAGCUGGAGGCAAUCAGAGCAGGGUUGCUGAGCUGAGUAAUUAACAAUCCAGUCAAUCUGUCGCUCUUAUUACUUAGCUAGUUAAGAGGCCUGGACUAGAACUGAGACUUUUAUUGUUGAUCACUUUUUAAUAAGACCAUCAAUGAAUCAAACCUUGUUUGCUGGUCCGUAAUCAGUUUGUGCGUCACUGGCCUGUUUUUUGUGUGCCAUGGUGCUCUUGUUGCCUGCUUGAUAACUUGUAUUUAUUGUAACAAUCUGGCAAUUAAAAGGAUCUUGUUGCA